CACCAGCCCCGGCCAUCCUCCAAAAACGAUUCUGUUCCUCCCUGGUCUUCCGUUUGCUCCUCAGACACUCGAACAAAGCACCGUUGUGCUCAAGAAUUUAGGCGGAAGCCAACGACAGGCAAAAUGCAGGCCCCUGUCUUGGUGAUGAACACCCAAAGCGGUGAGAGGCAGACCGGGCGUAAGGCCCAGCUGUCAAACAUCGCCGCCGCCAAAACUGUCGCCGAUAUAAUCCGGUCGUGUCUCGGGCCCAAGGCCAUGCUCAAGAUGCUGCUCGACCCAAUGGGCGGCAUCGUGCUUACCAACGACGGCCACGCCAUCCUCCGCGAGAUCGAGGUGUCGCACCCAGCGGCAAAGAGUAUGAUUGAGUUGAGCCGGACGCAGGACGAGGAAGUGGGCGAUGGAACGACAACCGUCAUUAUUUUGGCGGGAGAGAUUCUGGCGCAUGCACUUCCUCAGCUGGAGCGCAACAUUCAUCCGGUUGUCAUCAUUUCGGCCUUCAAGCGGGCGCUCAAGGAUGCGCUGCAGAUCAUCGACGACAUUUCCCUUCCCAUCGACAUCAACGACGACAAGGCCAUGUAUCAGCUCAUCUCGUCGUCGAUCGGCACAAAGUUCGUCUCGCGGUGGUCGCAGCUGAUGUGCAGCCUGGCGCUCAAGGCGGUCCGCACCGUGACAUGGGAGGUGGGCAAUGGCAAGCGCGAGGUCGACAUCAAGCGAUAUGCACGCGUCGAGAAGGUUCCCGGCGGUGAGAUUGAGGACAGUCGCGUGCUGGACGGUGUCAUGCUCAACAAGGACAUUACCCAUCCCAAAAUGCGUCGCAAGAUUGAGAACCCCCGCAUUAUCCUUCUUGACUGCCCGCUGGAGUACAAGAAGGGCGAGUCGCAGACGAACAUCGAGAUCACCAAGGAGGAGGAUUGGAACCGCAUUCUUCAGAUCGAGGAGGAGCAGGUCAAAGCCAUGUGCGAGCACAUCGUUGCUCUCAAUCCCGAUCUAGUUAUCACAGAAAAGGGAGUCUCCGACCUUGCACAACACUACCUAAUGAAAGCCAACGUAACUGCACUGCGUCGCGUGCGCAAGACGGACAACAACCGGAUAGCAAGAGCGACGGGCGCCACCAUUGUGAACCGCGUGGAGGACCUACAAGAGUCAGACGUUGGCACGCAGUGUGGGCUGUUUGAGAUUGAGAAGAUCGGCGACGAAUACUUCACGUUCCUCACAAAGUGCAAGUCACCGAAAGCCUGUACUGUCCUUCUCAGGGGCCCCUCCAAGGAUGUGCUCAACGAGAUUGAGCGGAAUCUACAGGACGCCAUGGGCGUGGCGCGCAACGUCAUGUUCAGCCCAAGACUAUCGCCUGGUGGCGGCGCCACUGAGAUGGCCGUUUCGGUCAGAUUAGCGCAAAUGGCCAAGAGCAUCGAGGGCGUGCAGCAGUGGCCGUACAAGGCUGUGGCUGAGGCGCUCGAGGUGAUCCCUCGGACACUGAUCCAGAACGCGGGCAAGAGCCCUGUCAGAGUACUGACCGACCUGCGGGCCAAGCACGCCGAGGGCAAGAGCUCGUGGGGUGUCAACGGGGACACGGGCGCGUUGGUGGACAUGAAGGACUACGGUGUGUGGGAACCCCAGGCGAUCAAGGUACAGAGCAUGAAGACAGCGAUUGAGGCUGCAUGUCUCUUAUUGAGAGUAGAUGAUAUCUGCAGCGCCAGGAAGGCGCAGCCGGGCGUGGGCACCGGCGCUGUAGCGGACGACUAAAGAGAGUCGUCAGCUUUUUCCCUUUUGGCGAAGCGGGUGUCCACAACCACAGAGAUGUAACUGACAUUCUCCGGCGCCAAAGAAUACCCCUUUACCAAGAGUAGUGUAAAUGAGGAUAGGAUGCCCUGCCAUGAUAGACAAAAAGGGGGCCAGUUCAGUCUGGUUGAGUUGAUUGAGGCUGCAUCGCUCCGUGUCGCUGGUCAGCCCGCUCAAUGCCUGACGUGGAUGACGAAUAAUAUUCAUGGCCU